GCUAGCUCGACAUGGAAAUGCGCCCGCGUUGAACUCUAGCAAGAAGACAGUUACCUCGUAGCUAGCGCAACUAAUUCAGUAGAGACGGUCCUUCACACUGAAACAUUUGUGGGUUUUCGACAUUUGUGCUAAAAAACAAAAAGUAUUCGCAAGAAAAUCGGAUUAUUAUGACAGGGCCGAGGAAGAGUCCCAACGGAAAAGACAUCGCAUUUUAAUAGCUACUACUAGUAACGUUAGUACGUUACGACGGUCAACAACAUCAGGUAACGUCUAGCUAGCUACGGUUAUAACGUUAGUUACCGGUAGGUAGUUAUUCUAACUAUGCUGCCUGUUGGUAGAAUGGGCGGAUUAGCUGCCAUUAAGCACAACGGAGCAGUUAAUCGGGUUGUACCCAAAAUUGGCUAACGUUAGCUAACUAUUUAGGGACGUUAGCUUGCUAGCUAGGCGGCUAAUGUUAGCAUAAUGCUACCUCAUGCCAGGUUUUGAUUCACCCGCCUCACACGUUGCUAUGACUUAACUAUGUCUAACGACGUUACGGUGUAUUAACUAGCUAACAAAAUACAGGAUGCUAACGUUAGCAAAACACCAGUUAUUUACCAACAUGUAUCAAGACGUAACUGGUUUACUGCAGCAGCUCGUUGUCUAGCUAGCUGGCUAACAAGGCCGAUUAUAUAUUAGGUAAUUUACUAACGUUAGUUAGCUAGUUAAGUCAACGGAUGUUUCUGUAGUUUCUUGUAAAUGCAGUUUUCGCUACAGUCCCCAAAGGCACUGUCAACUAACUACACUAGUUAGUUAACUAAGCUAUUACGUUAGCUGGCUAGUUAGAAAACUGACCUCGUUAGUAAGAAAUGACAUCGUGGUGUCGGAUUGAACUCUUGUCCGAGAGAGACGGCUAGUUAGGGAACGUUGUACUAGUAAAGUUCGUUAGCUCAAAUCAGAAGUCAAGGGUGUCAGUACCCCUUGGUUUGCUUUAGCUAACUAGUUUAACGUUACAUCACAGAUGUUUAGAUCGCGACAGUCACUUACUCUAAAAUGAAGUACAUAGCUCUGGACUUCGCCAUUUAGCCUAGCUAGUUAGAAGGACAUUGUUUUGAACACGCUAGCUAGCUAACGUUGGCGUAGGCAAGGUGUGAAACCGACACAUACACAGGUAACUAAUUGCGUUUUACAUUUAAUAGCUAGCUAUAUUUUAGCGUCUCGGAGAUGCUCGUUAAUUGAGGUAAGAGCAUGUGAGUAGAUACCAUUUUAUAUCUACUUUGUUUUGGGUUAUUUAGAUGUCAGACGGUACUCGACUAGCUACUCCAAUACUCUGUAUCUAACGGUACCAAGCCUUGUCAAUCUGCGCGGGAGUAGUCUCGGAUUAUUUUUACAUAGAUUGCUAUCAAGUAAAUUAGCUAGUUAGGCUAUUUGCUUGUGAAAAGGGUGGUAUUUUGCAUGACGCCUUUCCGUAUGCAUCACACAUGGCAUGUUAUGUGAAAUUAUGAGGCUAGUCAAAGUAAUCCAUUGGUGAACGAAGUUAUGACACUGACUCGAUGUGGUGUUUUGCUUAUACUGGACCGAACUCAGUCAGUGGCACAGAAAUCUGUGUUAAAUACUUACCUUUUAAUGUACAUCUAUACAAGGCUGUCUAAGAGUGUUAUCUUGUGGACCAUGCACUCUUCAUGGGGAAUCAAGUGGGGAAACAGUAACGCAGUUUUAACAUGGCAAACAGUAAACACACAGAGCAACAUGCCAUGUUGGCGCUUUCCGAUAAGAUGGUAAUGGCCUACUAGAUUCGCAUCUGUCAACGCUUACACAGCACCAAGAGAAGGACAUGCACACAGACACGCCUGCAGCUGUUAUGCCAGCAGGCCCAGAGCCCAAACUGCUGACAAAUGGGGACCAUAACACAGCAUAAAUACCUCUUUUGUCCCCUUUGAGUGCCCUCUCAUAGCCCCAAAGACAAAACCUAGUGGAUGCUUGGAGAGGAACUGUUUUUUGUUCUCUUAUGGUCUGAUUUGAGCUCAGUUGCUGAGCAUAGUGCUGUCAUUCUGUUACCAAACUUAUCUUCUGCACUGCUCAAGUAAAUGUGUUUUUGUAAAAAUGUCAGUGGAAGUUAAAAGUAGUCCUUGUGCAUAGUUGUAUGGUUUGUUUAACUUUAGAAUCAUUGGUUUUUGUUUAGCAUUUUAAAGUGAAAAAUCUGAGUCUCCGCAACAUAAAAAAAAAAAAACCCCAUUGUAAAGUGGUUAUCCCACUGGCUAUAAGGUGAAUGCACCUCUGCUAAAUGACGUAAAUGUAAAAAUGUAAUUCUAAUACCGUGGAAUUGCUGAGCAACAAGAUAACCAUGUAUGUUUUGACUUCCAUAUCUGCCUCAAACCCAAAGUUUUGAAUAUAGAAAGUUAUCGCGAAGAAUAACAAAAGUAAUGCAAUGUCAGUUUUUGUCUGUUGUGUACAUAAUGCAGUGAAAUGUCAUGUUCUGUGUGCAGUGAACAUGCGUGACCUGGCUGCCCAGGUCACCAGCAGCCUGCUGCGUUUCCCGGGGGUGACUGUAGAUGCUCUGGGGGAGGAUGAGAUCACCCUGGACACUGUGCUUCACGGGAAGUUCACUGUCGGUAAGUCAACGUGUGUCUGCACAACGGUGAUCUCUCACUAUCUGACCAUGCUGGAGAGGAUGGAAGUAUGGCACAUCCAUGAAUUAGGCCUACAGUGUCAGCAGCCUCAGUUCCCAAACAUCACCAGACAUAAGACAUAAACAACCCAAUGCAGUUAGGGUUUCUUUAUUUUCUCACUCCAACUGAAAUUGUGGGGAAACGUAUGUCUGCCACUAUAGCCAACUGUCCCAUACCUUCCCAGGAUUAGUUGUUUGCCGGAGGGACGCUUUGCAUUCCUGCAUUAUUCAGUCUUAAAAUAACAAAAAAUACAUCUCAAACAGUCCAUUCUCAGAGGAGGGAUUUUACAAUAAACCACCGUGAACCAGUAGGCCUAACUUGUCUGCUCCCUCUUCUCUACCUCACUGACGUGACCCUAUCUGGACUCAGGUCGUAGCGCGCUGGCUUGGCUAGCCUGUGGGCCCCAGCUGGAGGUGGUCCAUGCGGUGACAGGCGAGCGCCUGUCCGCCUACUGCUUCUGCGGCAGGGGGGAGCACCCCCCCAGUGUGCUGGUGGCCAGGGACUUCUCCUGGCUGAAAAGGACCGGGCUGCUGGUGGGCCUGGAGGAGGCCCAGGGCAGUGUGCUCUGUCUCUAUGACCUGGGUAUCUCCCGAGUGGUCAAAGCCGUGGUCAUACCGGGCAGGGUGAGUGCUCUCUCUCUCACCAUCUACUACUGUCGCUUACAUCAACCGGUUGACUUGAUUGAUUUUGAUGUCGACUGACUGACUAACUGAUGAUUGGCAGAUCAGGGCCAUCGAGCCCCUGGUGAGCUAUGGCGGGGCCAGUGCCAGCACACAGCACCUCCACCAGAGCCUGCGGUGGUUCUUUGGCAUGGCGGCGGUGGUCACGGACCUGGGACACGUCCUCCUAGUGGACCUGUGUCUGGAUGACCUCUCCUGCAGCCAGAGCGAGCUGGAGGCCUCAGGUCAGCGUGUGUGUGUUUAACCUUACUGAACUUUACUGGCCCACAGUUCCUCUCAAGAUUGUGAGAGAGUUUGACGUGUGUGUUUUCUCUCCCUCUCUAACCCACACCCUCCUCUGUUCUCUCCAGAUCUGGAGGUGGUGAGUAAGUCCCUAGCUGAGAUCCCCCGGCUGCGUGAGCAGGAGACACGCCAGGGGAGACACCUCUGUCUGCAGCUGAGCAGCCCCACGGGCACGGGGGCCACGGCUCUGCAGUACAUCCCCCGCACCAACCAGCUGGCCGUGGGCUUCUCCGACGGAUACCUACAGCUCUGGAACAUGAAGACGCUCAAGAAGGAGUGAGUUGACGACCCAGGGAUGACAUGGUGGCUAUGGUGUAAACCUUCAGUUAUAGCUUUUUCUGACUUUCUCUGCUGUGUUCCCCCCCAGGUAUCACUCCCAGCUGGAGGGCGGCAGGGUGCCAGUGUACGCCUUCACAUUCCAGGAGCCAGAGAACGACCCCCGCAACUGCUGUUACCUGUGGGCCGUCCAGUCUGCCCAGGACCAGUGAGUUCUCCCUCCCACCUGUCUGCCUGCUUGAGCCACAAAGUUCCAGACCGCUUGGAAGGGGUCAUAGAGUGCACACCAGACCAGGAUGUGAUUUCAUUUAAAGUGUUUUAAAUACUUGAGGUUGUUUUAGCUUGUCCAGGAAAAUGGAACCAGUGGAAUCAUUUCAGCGCCAUGUGGGCUCCCAGCCCCUUCCCCUCAGCCCCACACCCCAUUGGUAUUCACACAUAUAUGAGAGGACUGGAUCAGUGAAAGCAGUAUGGUGGAAGCUCCACACUUUACAGCAUGUAUGCAAAUGUAGCCUCGGUCCAUUGAAUGCAGCUAUGGUACUCAGCGGUCAUAGCACACUGUUAGGCUCAGGAUUGGCCUUUAUUUUGCAUAAAUACUCAUGCAGCCUUAACCACCUCAUGCCAAUGCACAUGACUUGGUGUAAUUGCUGCCCAUUAACACAUCUCCUUCUCUAUCUCUCUCGCUCUCUUUCUCUCUCUCCAGUGAGGGGGACGUGGUCAGCCUCCACCUGCUCCAGCUGGCCUUCAGUGAGAGGAAGUGUUUGGCCUCAGGAAAGAUCCUCUAUGAGGUAACCUUAAUAUCAACCUUCUAAGUUUUUACCUCAAUGAUUUUGUUCUGUCGAACUGAAAUAAGUAGCUAUUCCCGCGAACCGGGUCCAAUUUCUGUUCAAUGCACCUUUUGUUUGGUAAAGGCUCGGUACUGGCUGUCAACCGGAUGUUCAUGGUCAAGUGUUUUGACCGCAAUCGUGGUUUUAAAGCCCAAAAGCUUGAUGGUUUCCAACAGUCCUUCUCAAUGUUUCUCAGCCCUGAAGAUUUAAUUUAGUCAUCUAUUAUCCCAAUCAUACUUAUUUUUUACUUAAAUGUGGUGCUUUCACUGCUUUGAGACCUUUUAAUCUUUCCGUUCACGCCAUAUUAACAUUAAUGCUCUCUUCCCCUCUCUCUCUCCCUCCUUCUCUCCCAGGGUCUGGAGUACUGUGAGGAGAGGUACAGUCAGGAGCUGAGCAGCACAGCCUUCCCUCUGAGGGCUCAGGCCACCAACACACGCCUGCUCAGCUGCCAGACCAUUGAGAAGUUUCGACACCACCCUGACAGAGACGACAGCAUGAACGAAGGUACCUCUUCCUUCAACUCAUCCCAACUCGACUCUUUUCAGGAUUAGAUUGGUGUAUCAGUGACCAGAAAAGCUAAAAAAAAAAAAAAGCAUGUGUUCUUAAUUACCUAUGUGGGUGGUAUUCACUUACUAGACACCAAACGGAAGAAAAUGGACCGAAAAGGAGAGGGGCAACCUGAACUUGUCUAAUAGGAAAUGCACGUUUGUUUUCCCGUUGCAAAAUUAUUUGCCACAGUGUGCACUAAUGAAUGCGACCCUGGAGGAAAAAGGAUAUGUGGUUUCAUUGUUGUGGUCUCUGUUGGUACUAAGGCCUCCUUGUCUCCUCUCUCCCCGGUCAGUUGCGUCUCCAGACACCAGCGUGUCCAUCUUCAGCUGGCAGGUGAAGGCCUACGGACAGGGCAACCCCUCCACCUACAUUGGCGUCUUUGACAUCAACAGAUGGUACCACGCACAGAUGCCUGACUCUCUGAGGUAACAUUCUGACAUAUAAAUAACCCAUCAACAGCCGCCUAAAUUGCAUGGUGUGCCCAACUUCCCCUAAUACCAGGCGUUCAUCAAUCAGAUUAUUUGUUAUUAGUUCUGUUUUUUUGCAUGUAGUUGGUUGAGUUUUUUUCAAACAAGUCUACUUUUUUGUUGGGAAAUCAUUUUAUAGGUUGAUAGAACGCUGUUACGUGAUUACAUUAAUAUGAAACCUGUGUGUGUGUGUCAGAACGGGGGAGUCUCUGCUUAGCUGUCCCUACCUGGCCGUGUGGUCUCUGGAUUCAGUGGUGGAGAUGACGUCACCCUGCCCCAUGCUGGACGUCCUUGUGCACGAGCGCAGCCUGAGCCGCGGCCUGCCCUACACCUGCCCCCCGCCAGAACAGUUCUUCAACCCCACCACAUACAACUUCGGCAAGUUAGACACACACUGCAAGCCUUCUCACACGACACCCUGAGUAAUUAGAAAUGCAUGUACCCCUUUAAAGCCAUUGAGAUUGGUUUAGUAAAUGUUGUCAUGACUUGGUCAAUUGUAUUUUUCCUUGUAACAGAUGCAACAUGUUUGCUCAACACUGGCCUCGUGCACUUAACUUGCUCUGGGUAUCAGAAAGAGGUGAGUUUAUCCCUACAUUUUUGGUGUAUUUUCUCAAUCUCUAUCUUUGCAAAGAUGGUGACAGUGUAUUCAGACCCCUUGACUUUUAUAUUACAGCCUUAUUCUAAAAUUGAUUACAUUAAAUAUUUUCCUCAUCAGUCUACACACAAUACCCCAUAAUGACAAAGCAAAAACAGGUUUUUAGACAUUUUUGCAAAUUAAUAAAAAAUAAAAAAACGUAUUUAUAUAGGUUUUCAAACCCUUUCCUAUGAGACUCGAAAUUGAGCUCAGGUGCAUCCUGUUUCCAUACCUUUAUGGUAGAGUGGCCAGACGGAAGCCACUCCUCAGGAAAAGGCACAUGACAAGAUUCUCUCUGGUCUAAUGAAACCAAGAUUGAACUCUUUGGCCUGAAUGCCAAGUGUCACAUCUGGAGGAAACCUGGCACCAUCCCUACGGUAAAGCAUGGUGGUGUGAGGAUGUUUUUCAGCGGUAGGGACUGGGAGACUAGUCAGGAUCGAGGGAAAGAUGAACGGAGCAAAGUACAGAGAGAUCCUUGAUGAAAACCUGCUCCAAAGUGCUCAGGACCUCAGACUAGGGCGAAGGUUCACCUUCCAACAGGACAACGACCCAAAGCACACAGCCAAGACAACGCAGGAGUGGCUUCGGGACAAGUCUCUGAAUGUCCUUGAGUGGCCCAGCCAGAGCCCGGACUUGACCUCGAUCGAACAUCUCUGGAGAGACCUAAAAAUAGCUAUGCAGCGACGCUCCCCAUCCAUCCUGACAGAGCUUGAGAGGAUCUGCAGAGAAGAAUGGGAGAAACUCCCCAAAUACAGGUGUGCCAAGCUUGUAGGCUGUUUUUGCUUUGUCAUUAUGGGGUAUUGUGUGUAGAUUGAGGAGAACCCCCCCCCCCCGAUUUUAAUCCAUUGUAGAAUUAGGCUGUAACGUAACAAAAUGUGGAAAAAGUAAAGGUCUGAAUACUUUCCGAAUGCACUGUACAUAUGGCUAAAAUGAAGAGUUUCAAGUCAUCCAUAGUCCAUACAGCAGGAUGUAAUCUUGUGAAUUACAUUAACUUGUCUCUUGCUGUGUCAGACUCUGAGCUUCCUGAAGAAGGCUGCUCCCUGCUCCAGUGACGUCAUCUCAAACGGCUACUCCCGCUGCCUGAUGUCCGGCCUGCUCUCCUCUGGCUUGGCUGACGUGCAGCCCUCCAGCCUCUCUCAGGUACACACAGCUUCUGAGAGGUUGACGGUUACACCUUUUUGCUGUACCAACUAUCCAGUGUCUAAAGGUUUUUAGGAACUAUUUUAUCUAUGUGGAUGCAUUAGGUCAUGAAUAGAGCUCCUAGGUGAAGGCGGUUUCUAAACGUGCCAAACUCUCUCCCUGGUCAGGAGGAGCAGUUGGACGCCAUCUUGUCUACAGCCAUAGAGACCAGCUCCUUGGGCCUGAUCACCAGCUGUAUCAAACAGUGGACCACUGAGGGUGAGACACUGUAUAACACACACUGGCACCCUGUUAGUUAGAUCAACUCUGGCUUCGUCUCAAUACUGUGAAAUGGCUUCCUCUCCUCAUCUCCUCUACUACAUGUACACUGAUCCGAACACACAAAACAGAUGAAAACCGUAAUGGUGGAAUCGCUUGCCAAGCCCAGUUCACUCACAUCCUUGCAGAUGGAGGAAAGGAGACGAGGUGAUGGAGCCAGUUUGGGUUAUUGAGAUGUGCCCCUAGAUUGGAUUUCUCUCUAACGUAACAUGGUGGUGUUGGCUUUCGCAGAGCAACCAGGCUCUGCGGUGAACCUGCGCUACAUUCUGGAGUGGGCCUGGAACAAGGUGGUUCACACGAAGGAGCAGCUGGAUGGCAUAUGUGAGUGUUUCCUACAGUGAUCAGUGUCAACACCUUGUUGAUCUUCUGGUUUACAUCGAUGAGAAUACUCAUGGCUGCGUAUUUGGUUUUUAACUGUAGCAACUUGCGGCUGUGUUGUCAAACUUAAUUUCUUCAAGCAUUUUGGGAUUUGAAAUGUUUUCCUAGGCAAUAUAUUUUCUUAAAAGUGAGGAGGUCCUGCAAUCUGGGCUGUGUUUCCUGAUUUCCAUCCGCCCUUAUUCUGUGUGUGUUCCUCCCCCCAGGUGCUCCCCUGUUUGACAGCUCGUCUAACUUCACGGACUCCCCGACCCUCCAGCUGCUGCAGCACAGCCAGAGGCUACUGGGGAACCUCAGCACCAUCUUCCACUGUCUGCUCAGCGAGGCACAGGAACUCACUCAACCAGGUAAGCCUAAUUCAGACAAGGGGCACCGUUGCUGGGGGGCUUAUUCAUUUAAAUAGGAAGCUGGGUGGGGGCGUUGAAGCACUGGUUGUUGACCGAGCAGAGCAGCUCGCGGUGCUCAUGCACCUGAAUGUCCAUUUUCUCUGCAGAAGCAAAGUGGCAAUCUCAAUAUUUUGAGAGGCAGCGAGGGGGUCACACAAGUGUCUGCAUUGGUGGCUUUCACUCCCAGUAGUUAGAUCCCUUAAUACACACACACACACACACACACACACACACACACACACACACACACACUUUAAGUGCCUUUACAUACCAUGUCAUGAUGAGGCAGAAUUGGGUGUUGUAGAACUAGACUGUUGUAAUGCUGUUAUUUGUGCAGGUCUGCUGGGUCUCAUCAAUAAGAACCAGGUGUCCAGCCUCAUCUCCCAGUACGCCCAGGUGGUCCUCUGGUUCUGUCGGACUGGACUCCUGCCCGAGGGCUCCGGUAAGACCACGUACUGUGGUAGCACUUCAAACAUUUGAGUUCAGUCCAUAUUCCAUGCCACCUUUUGGAACAUUGACCACUUUCAUCAUGUACACCAAAAGUAGUGCAAUUCAUAGGCAAUAAGGUGCCAUUUCAGAUGCAGCACUAGAUGUCCACUAUUAUAAAUAAAUAAUAUGCCAUUUAGCAGACGCUUUUAUCCAAAGCGACUUACAGUCAUGCGUGCAUAUAUUUUUGUGUAUGGGUGGUCCCGGGGAUCGAACCCACUACUCUGGCGUUACAAGCGCCGUGCUCUACCAGCUGAGCUACAGAGGACCAUUAUAGUUGUAAUUCCCCUCUCAACCAGAUGAGGACGCUGUGCAGAUCUCCAGGCCCUUCUACAGCUACUCUGUGAUCCAGAACUACUACACCAUCCGCAGAGAGGAGCUGCAGCAGCUCUCCAAGUGAGUGCUGUUCACAUCACAUCAGACCAUUCACCUGCAAGAGCUGGUUCAGGACUGAUGGUAAAACGCAUCAGCAAGAAGAGAUGGGAAAAGUUUAACUUAGUCCCUUCAGUGUCAUUCUUCUGAAAUGCUGCGAUUUAUUAUUCUUUUUUGUAAUGUUGUAUACAGUAAGGGUGUUUCUCAAAAUGCAUACUACCGUGCUCCGAGCACGGGAGCCUUGGAGUAUGAGUCCAAAUCAAAGUAUCCAAACGGAGCACGGAGGGCGCUAAACGAAUGCGUACUCCGUUUGUACUUAUUUUGAAGUAUGUGUCUACGCAAGCGUCAUCGGCAAUCUAUACGAAGAAAUAUGACACCCCAACGUUAAAAAUGACUCACACUGUCUUGAAAUCAAUGCCGGCCAUUAUUUGAGCUGAAGCGAGAGAAAAUACACUCCGUAUUAGGAAUGAAAUGUUUCCUAUUCACUUCUCAUAUGUUGCCUGACUACAAUAUUUUAUCUGGAUACGUUAAUAAAUACAUGCUGUGUUAAUUUUGGCAUGUUUACCUGCCUACGUACCGUAGAUUGCAAGCCCAUAAUAAGUCAAUAUGGCUAACUGGCUAGCUACUACUGUUAGCUAGAUAGCCACAAAGAAUUGGUAGCUAGCUACCUACAAAUGUUUAAUCUACCUUGCAUAACAUUAGUUUUAGGUCAUUUUUGCCAGUUUAACUAGCCUGCUAGCUAGAUUAUUACUAUUCGCAUAUCUAUCUGAUUAAUUAUGAAGUAAAACGUUUUCUUUGUGUACAUCUUGUUUCGUCUAUUGUUGCCAUUGUCCUGGCUGGAAGAAGGUUCAGUGAAUGGGGAGGUGCAGCGUGAUGUAAUACAGGAGUGCGGGUGCUUCUCAAAUGGAAUGUUUAAUGCUUUCUUCACGCUCUUGUCCUCACGAACGUCCUCUGAGCAUGAGAGCGUGGAGCGCAGUAGAAUGCAUAUAGAGAAACCCCUUAUAUUUGGUAUGAGUGUUUGAUAUUAGUGUCCAUUUUCCUUCAUGUUUCUACUGCGGAGCCCUACUGUGAAUGAUACUAUUUUGUGUUGUUUUGGGAAACUAAUACAUUUUAUGUAGGACCACCUCAACCACCAUCAAUAUUUAGAAUUAACCAUCUGUGUUCUUCUCAGGGGGAAGUGGUGUGCAGACUGCCUGAUGAUUGACGGCUUAGUCGCCCAAUGCGGUGAUCGCUUGGUUGACCUGUGGAAACGGGACGAGGGCGGGACGGGACAGUAUCCACCCCCUACGCUACAUGUAAGCAUUUGGUACCUGUGCAUUCACGCACACACAAACACACGGAGCCAAAAAAGGAUCGAACCCCCUACCUUGAGCACAUACUCUGACUGAUUUCAUGGAAUUCCAUCUAGAAGUAGAAAUGGGAGAACAGAAGCUAAAACACACCUGGAUGUGGGAUUUGAUCUUCUCUCUGCUGUCCACAGGGCCUGCUGGACAUUUACCUCCUGGAGAACAUUGAUGAAUCUGCUAAGCACGCCAUCGUAUCCUUUCUCUGUACUGGGUUCCCUAGCAACCAUCUUACUACGUAUUCAUAUCAGGGAGUUGGUUUGAUUUGAAUUGCCGUGUCCUGUCCUUACACUCCUAACCCACACUAGCACCUAGACUCUUGAAAUCCACCUUACACAUACAGACCCACUCUCCCGCUUACACACACACACACACACACACACACAGUGUAGUGAGAUACAACACUCUCCCUCUCUCUGUGUGUGUGAGCCUUGACCCCCCCUCCCCCCCAGGUGAUCUACCUGUUGUUGGAUGUGAUGUAUUCCUUCCCCAACAAGAGUGGUGCGUCUGUGGAGUCCUUCCCCACCGCCUUCGCCAUCCCCAUCGGUCUGGUCAAACUGGUGCAGGGCCUCUGGCUGCUGGACCACCACGACCACCAGGUACGCGCACUCACUCACACUCUCGCUCUCACUCACUCACUACACAAGAAAAUACAGGGUUAUAGCCAGUCACAUUCAUUUGGAUAUAAGACUGUAUAUCUGGAAGUUAGCAUUUAGCGAGGAUAGCGUUUGGGUUGUAAUGGGGCCUUUUCUCCUCAACUCAAACCUUGCAUUUAGUGCAAUGUAGGGAACCUUUUGGACUUCAACAAUUUAGCUAUUGAUUAGCAUAGUCAUACAAUCCAAUGUGGAAUUUCUAAUGUACAGUGAGGGGGAAAAAGUAUUUGAUCCCCUGCUGAUUUAUACGUUUUCCCACUGACAAAGAAAUGAUCAGUCUAUAAUUGUAAUGGUAGGUUUAUUUGAACAGUGAGAGACAGAAUAACAACAACAAAAUCCAGAAAAACGCAUGUCAAAAAAUGUGAUGAAUUGAUUUGCAUUUUAAUGAGAGAUUUCUGGCUCCCAGGUGUCUUUUAUACAGGUAAUGAGCUGAGAUUAGGAGCACACUCUUAAAGGGAGUGCUCCUAAUCUCAGUUUGUUACCUGUAUAAAAGACACCUGUCCACAGAAGCAAUCAAUCAAUCAAUCAGAUUCCAAACUCUCCACCAUGGCCAAGACCAAAGAGCUCUCCAAGGAUUUCAGGGACAAGAUUGUAGACCUUCACAAGGCUGGAAUGGGCUACAAGACCAUCGCCAAGCAGCUUGGUGAGAAGGUGACAACAGUUGGUGCGAUUAUUCGCAAAUGGAAGAAACACAAAAUAACUGUAAAUCUCCCUCGGCCUGGGGCUCCAUGCAAGAUCUCACCUCGUGGAAUUGCAAUGAUCAUGAGAACGGUGAGGAAUCAGCCCAGAACUACACAGGAGGAUCUUGUCAAUGAUCUCAAGGCAGCUGGGACCAUAGUCACCAAGAAAACAAUUGGUAACACACUACGCCGUGAAGGACUGAAAUCCUGCAGCGCCCGCAAAGCACAUAUAAAUGCCCGUCUGAAGUCUGCCAAUGAACAUCUGAAUGAUUCAGAGGAGAACUGGGUGAAAGUGUUGUGGUCAGAUGAGACCAAAAUCGAGCUCUUUGGCAUCAACUCAACUCGCCGUGUUUGAAGGAGGAGGAAUGCUGCCUAUGACCCCAAGAACACCAUCCCCACCGUCAAACAUGGAGGUGGAAACAUUAUGCUUUGGGGGUGUUUUUCUGCUAAGGGGACAGGACAACUUCACCACAUCAAAGGGAUGAUGGACGGGGCCAUGUACCGUCAAAUCUUGGGUGAGAACCUCCUUCCCUCAGCCAGGGCAUUGAAAAUUGGUCGUGGAUGGGUAUCCCAGCAUGACAAUGACCCAAAACGCACGGCCAAGGCAACAAAGGAGUGGCUCAAGAAGAAGAAGCACAUUAAGGUCCUGGAGUGACCUAGCCAGUCUCCAGACCUUAAUCCCAUAGAAAAUCUGUGGAGGGAGCUGAAGGUUCGAGUUGCCAAAUGUCAGCCUUGAAACCUUAAUGACUUGGAGAAGAUCUGCAAAGAGGAGUGGGACAAAAUCCCUCCUGAGAUGUGUGCAAACCUGGUGGCCAACUACAAGAAACGUCUGACCUCUGUGAUUGCCAACAAGGGUUUUGCCACCAAGUACUAAGUCAUGUUUUGCAGAGUGGUCAAAUACUUAUUUCUCUCAUUUAAAAUGCAAAUCAAUUUAUAAAAUUUUUGACAUGCGUUUUUCUGGAUUUUUUUGUUGUAAUUCUGUCUCUCACUGUUCAAAUAAACCUACCAUUAAAAUUAUAGACUGAUCAUGUCUUUGUCAGUGGGCAAACGUACAAAAUCAGCAGGGGAUCAAAUACUUUUUUCCCUCACUGUAUACUGUGAGUUAUAUUUAAUAGAAUGAUAAGUUGGUAGAUAUUGGUAGUGAUAAAAUGGUGUCCUCCAAUUGACACCUGACCUUUAACCCCCCUCCAGAACUCCCUGGAGCUGCUGCUGCACCCCACCGCCUCCCCGUCCCUGUGGGGCUGGCAGCACGGUCGCGUCCUGCAUGCUCUCAUGUGCCAGGGGCAACAUGGGAUCGCCUUGCGCUACCUCCACGUCAUGAAGCCCCCCCUCUCUUCCACCGCUCAGGCCCAACUCUGCCUCUCUGUGCUGCUACACAACAGGUGGGUGCUAUAGGGUGUGUUUGCUAGCAUCUGUGCUAACAGUGACGGCAUUGUGAGUUUCUUUUCCUGAUACGGAUAACAUAACAUGUCUGUGUAACCCCUCUCUCCUCCUCCUCUCCAUGUGUGUAGGUGUCUGGUGGAGGCCUGGGCCAUGCUGAGGCAGCACUCCAACAGGCUGAACACGGAGGAGUUGUUACGGUUCCUCUACGAGACCUGUCAGGAGCUUGGCCUCAUGAAGGAGCUGCUCAAACUUCCCCUGGGCCUGGCUGAACAGGUAGAAUGCCUUGUUCCCCCAACUUUCCUUUCUACCAGGCCCAAAUCACGUCCCUGGCAUGCUCAUCAAUAAAAUAGAGUUUUUCAAGUUGUGCCGAUCCCAUCCCUGAAGAUGUAUCUGUUUGUUUGUGUAGGAGUGCUUGGAGAGGUUCUUGCAGGGUACAGGGGGUCUCCAGAACAGAGAGCUGCUAAUGGUGCACUACCUACAGCAGGCUAACUACGUCCCCGCCCUGCAGCUCAACCACACCCUCAAGAUGAACAUGGUGGUACGUACACAUUUACAUUGAUUAACCUUUAAAUAAACCUCAUGUUUAUUCAUACACUUCACCAAUACACAGAAAAUAUGCAACUAGAAAUGUAGUGCGAGUUGGAAUGAGACUAAUACAAAUUUUAGAAAUAAGUCACCCUAACGUGUAUUAGUGUCAAUAUGAUGGUUGUAUUAUGGUGUGGUGUUGCUGAAUUUUGCCGUUUUAAUGUUUCCAUUUCGUUCAUAUAUCUGUUCUCCAGAACGAGAGGGAUCCCAAGCUGAAGGAGAGAACCAACACUAGGAACUCUAUCCUGGACCAGUACGGGAAAGUUCUUCCUCGGGUCCAGAGGAGGCUGGCCACGGAGAGAGCUAAGCCGUACCACCACCCCUCCACCAUCCUCAGAGAGGGUACGGGAUCUCACCCCUCCUAGCUUCUUAUUACGCUGCUGUGCACACGCUUCAAGGUUAGAUUUAUGUUUUCAGCGUGACCCUUGACUUCCAUAAUGUGUGUUCUUGUUAGUGUCGCGACCACAGCCGCUGUCGACCAUCGCCAAGCGGUCGGCCAAUGAGAACGUGCUUACCAGAGCGGCAUUCAUCAACAGUGUCCUGUCGAAGAUCGAGGAGGUGUGGGUGGGGAAGAACCCCACGCCCCAGUCCACCCCACUCAAGAGGUGAGACCCCACCGCCCUGUCCCAAACCCACCCCUAUCUGACUAAGAUGUAAGUAAGUGGUAAAGAUGGGUUUUCCACCCCUGAAUUUGAUCUGUUCAAUUGAUUGAGUUGUUUUCCCCCCUCUCCACACCACCCAGCCCCAGGGCAGUGGAGGUGCUGUGCCCCAGCCCCCUGUUCCCCUCCCGGGAUCUGCCCGAGGCCUUCGUGGGCACGCCCAUCACCAUGACCUCCAAGAGGAAGUCCAGGUAGGGCACACGCCGAACCCCAACUUGACAUAUUCCUGUCUAACUCAGACUUUCACGUUAAUCAUACAUCGAUGUCAAUGAGAGAUUUGGGUGGAAGUUCGAGUUAUGUACAUGUUUCUCAAAUGUGUACAUGUAUGAAAGAUGAGCUAUAAAUGACAUACCUCUAGUCUUUGGUAUAAAGGGGUUUGACGUGAUUUCGAUACAUCUGACAUGCUUUCCUAACCCCUCCUGUCCCUGCCCCCAGGCUGCUGGACCUAGUGGUUCACCCCUCUCAGACCACACCUCCAGAGGGGUCCCGACCCCUGCUGACACCCCCCAGGGCGGCCAGCUCCUGGAACCCCCCCAAAAGCAUCAACAAGGCCCCCGAGCUCAGCCUGCUGCAGACUCCACAGGUGGUCAAGGUAAGACUCAGACCAAGGGGAAGAGCGUUGACUGUCCCGACUGUCACACAUGCUCCCACAUCCUAGACACUGACGCUCACUGGCACGAUGACUGGAAAUCCUCUAGUUUUAUAUCUUGGUUGGGAAUUAACUCUUAACUCCUACUAGAAGUCACAUGGUCCUGGACACCACUGUGCCUGAGUCCUAAGUAUGCCUGCGGCAUUGGGUUGUCAACUGUGUUUGUGUUUGAAACUCCAUUGACUGUCUGCAUGGUUGUUUCGUUCCCAUAGCGCGCGCGAGCCCUUGCGGCGUCCGGUCCCGUGUUCUCAGCCUUCACCCCUCAGUCCAUCCUGAGGAGCAGCCUGCGCCCCACCCCCGUGGCCACCCCCUCUGCCUCUCCCGGGCGCUCUGUCACCCCCCCGCUGUGCCCCAAGGAGAGCCGCAUCACCUUCAUCGAGGAGACGGCCUCGCCCAAGCCAGAGAAAGGCCCCCUCUGCUGGAGCAACGGGGUAAGACACCCGGACCGCUGGGCCUUAUUUAGCAACAGAAGUGGAAUUGAGAGAUGCUUUCUUAUGAACAAACAUUAACUGUUCAGAUACUUUACCCUUGUGUAUCAUGUUAAUGAUUUCAGGAAUUUCUAUGUUUUGUACUCUACAGAUCGCAACCGAAAAUGAGAUUAGCCUGCUGACCAGAGGCUCUCCACUCUCCAAGGUUGGACUGGAGGCCUGGACCUCACACCCUGAUGAGGAAGAGGAGGAGGUGAAGGUGACACACGUGAAGUUCCUGCCACCACCGGUCCGCGAGCCACCAGAGAGGGGAGAGUCUGAGAGUGGCUCCUCUGUCCAAGAGGUCACCAUGGUAACCACAUUGCCUAGCACGUUGCCAGGACGACUCAGCCUAGGCCUGGAGACGAGCCAGGCCUCUGUCCUUUCAACGGACACCACCCUGGAGUUCCAUGAUGCACCUCUGCCUGAAGACCUGGAGAGGGAGGAGGAGCUUCAACAGCCAGCCAAUGAAGUCACAGACGAGGAGGAAGAAAAGGAAGUGGUGGUUAACCUCAAAACUCCAGCAGUACUGGAAGCCCAGCUCUCAAAGGAGGAAGUGCAGCCUGCAGCAGCCAAUGAGCUGACUCUCCUCCCAUCAGUGGAGGAAGGGCAGAACAAGGACCAGGAAGUAACGGAAGAGGCGGUCAACAGCCAAGAGGAAGUGGCCGAAGAGGAGCCGGACCAGGAAGUAGAGCAGAUGGAGGUCAGCCCCGAACAGGAAGAGGCUGAAGAGGAAGUUGUAGUCGAACCAAGACUCACACGGGCAGUAGAACCAACUCCUGACACGGAAGUGGUUGAGGAAUCUAACCUUAGUCAGGAAGUGAUUGAUAUGCUCAACCAUGAGCAUGAGGUGGAGGUGGUGGAAGAGGAGGCUCCCAAAGAGGAUGAAUCACAACCCACUGAACCAAUGGAACCUGUGGAUGCUACGGAACACACUGGUGAGGGUUCCACCCACCUGUGAGGACUUCACUUAGCCAGGAUCUUACAGCCGCUCCAGUAGCCAAAUGAAAUACAUUACAUUCAUGUCCUGCUUGGUUUCAGCUCUGUGUAGAUGAUGUCAAAUUAUUCAAACAGGAGUAGUCUGAGGCAAAGUGAACACAAUGUGUGUUCAAUCAAAAACGUUAAUGGUCUUGAGGAACAGUUUAGAUCUUCCUCACUGUGCAAAGGUGCAACCAUUUGAGGUGAUUUGAUAAUGUACAGCGGGCCUGUGAGUGUGAGCUCAGUGCAGGUAACCACAGUGAGAUGAAGUGACAGAGCUAAACCUAACUAAAUUGAAUACUAAGCUUAGAAGAGUUACACAGACACGGACUGAUCAUGAUGCAGUUGAUUUUAAGCCUUCGAUGACCUGGUUGAAUCCUCUCUCUCAUGACAUGGUUGAAUCCUCUCUCUCUUGCUCUUGUAGAUCUGGACGAGUUUGUGGAGCGCCAUCUGUUUGGCAACGACCUGUCUCCGCCCCUGACCCGCUCUGGCAUCCACAAGGCUUCUGUCAACUGGACCUCCUUCAACAGGUACGUCCUGAAGUGCAUCCCAACAGCAUCCUUGGGUGUAUAUGUGCUUACAACCAUUUAUUGAUGUUAAAGCAUCUUGAAUAUCAUUAAACCUCUCUCUCCCCUGUGCAGUGAGCGGGUGUGUGAUGUGGUAAAGGAGGAGGAGUCUGCUCCUACAGCCGUCCCCCUGGCCCUCACCACCCAGAAGGGUGUGGCGUCCGUAGCUGCUUCAGACCCCACGGGCACCGACUCCCACUGUGAGUGAUCUCUCACCUCUUGCUCAUGACCUUUACCCCUUGACUCUAGGUCAUGCGAUCAGAGAUCUAACGCAGGCCCACUGUACGAGCUACAACCACAAAGGAUUUUGUGUUUUGAUUGGCCGGCAGCGGAGUUGACACCUCUGUGCUAAUACCGACCAAUAAUGGUCUGGAAUGCUCAUAAUAGCUAAUGUUACCUUUAGUGAGUGUUUGAUGGGGCUCUUCCCUCCCUAUAGCUGUAGUGAUCCUGAACGACAGUGAGGAACUAUCUAGUGCUGUGUCGGAGGAGGAGGAUGAAGAGUCAGAUGCUCCUGCUGAGGAAGACUCGGGCAGCGAGGUGGAGGUCAUCGAGGAGGUGCAGGGGAACGGGAGGCAGCGAGCCCCCUUGCCUCCCCCCUCUCUCUUUCUGGACCAGCUCCCACCCCUGCAGCCACACCCCCAGUUCCUGCCUGCCCUAUCGGAGCAGGACGCAGCUGUGCGCUCAUUGGUCACUCCAGAGGCAGACCUAAAGGUAAAACUGUCUUAUGGAAUCCUAACUCAGUCAUGAAAGCAGUGUGUAGACCUAAAUGCUGUGGGUGACUGAUGUUAAAAGUUGUACGUCUAAUGGCUUAUUUGAAGAGCGGGUUAAAGUAUUUUGUUUUGUGAUUGUGAUCCUAGGUUGUGCUCUAUAAAUGUUCUCAUACAUCUCUGUGUGUUUCCCCUACAGAUGGUGGAGGAUGACAUAGAGGGGGAGGUGGUGGUGGUGAGGCUGGGGGUAGGAGGAGAUGAGGGGGUUUGUUACACAGAGCUGAAGCCCUCCACCACCCUGCUGGUUCCUCUGGAGCUGGUGGAGGAACAGGGGCAGGCCCUGGCCGAUGGCGCCCGCCUGGGGCUCACCGAGGUGGUUGAAGGCAGCGAACCAGAGGUACCCCCCUCUGGAGCCCACAGCAGCUUCUCUCUGAUGCUGGAGGAUGGGGAUGACGAUGCAGACACUGUACCACUGGAGGUACCACUAGAACCCAGUAAGCAUCUGACCACAGAGGAGGCAGAUGGAACGUCGGACACACCUGCGGCCGACCCAGAGGUCAUCUGCCUGGGCACGGACAACCAGGACACCCCCCUGGCUGACGCUGAGCCCCUGCAGGAGCAGGAAGCUGAGUUGGACACCCUGGAGGGGAUGGACACCUUGGGGGGGAUCAUGGAUAGCUGGACGGAGGCAGAGACUGGUUUAACUGAAGCCAUGUCAGUGGAGAAUGUUCCUCUAGUCACGGACGUCCUGCCUGAAUCCUCUAAGGCUAAACCAGCCAGAUCAGCUGAAGAUGUUGACACAGACCAUAUAGAAGAGCCAGAUGAGAUCCCUGCUGACUCUGGACCAACUGAAGAAGAGCAGCCUUCACCAGUCCUGGAUGAGAACGAGCAGCCCAACGGAGCGAGGGAGGAAACAGAAGAGGUGACUGUCUCGUGUGCUUGUCGGGAGGAGGAGAUGAAGGCAGACGACGUUGAGCUGGAGGCUGAGGAAGAGAUAGAGGAGUACGUCUCUGUCCCUGCAGACCUGCUUCUGUCUCAGGUAGAAAGCAAUGGACCCAUCCAGUCAGACAACCAUGAACCUGCCCACGGAGAAGCCAUAAGCGAGGUGGCAGCCAUACUUGAAGAAGAAAUAGCUCAAACCAGAAAGCCCUCUACAGCCAGUGCGGAGGAGAAGAAGCCGGACAAGACCUCUAACAGCCAGUCUGAGUCUGUGGAGGAAAUAUUGGUGGGGGUCAGGAAAGCCCCAUCUACCCCGAUGCGCAGGGCCACCAAGCAGAGGAAGAUGAUGGUGAAGUUCACCUCAGUGGAGGCAGAGAGGCCUGGGUCAGAGGACCAGAGGCCGGCGGGACCGACUGAGAUGGAGACAGACUCUCAGGUCCCGGUCACACCCAGACGGAUCACCAGGAGUGGCCGGCACGGCCAGGACUCCAGGGUUCCCGUCACGCCUCGCCGAAGCGCCCGUAAAACUGAAUCCCAGCCAGAACCGGAGCCUCAGCGAGAGCAGGAGGAGAGGAAAGGGGAGGAAGGGGUCCUCAUCACAGAGGCAGCUGUGGUCCACUCCAAGCCCACCCCGACCAAACGGCGCACCUCACAGAAGGCCACUCCGAGGACGGGAACCCGCCAGACCAGGAACACCCAGGUGGGGAGCGACGAGGAGCCAACAGCCACAGAUGAAACGGCCAACGAGGUGUCAGUUCUGUCUGUUACACGCAGCACUAGGAAGAGCCGAAUUGGAACCAAGACCCCAGCCAACCAGACUCAGCCAGUGGUCCCCCAGACUCAGCCAGUGGUCCCCCAGACUCAGCCAGUGGUCCCCCAGACUCAGCCAGUGGUCCCUGAGGAGGAAGAGAAGAAGGGGAAUGAUGAAGGGGCCAAACAGUGGCCUAGCAGUCCAGGCAGGGUGACCCGCAAGUCAACCCGUGCGGGCGUGACCCUCGGCCUCUUCACCCAGGAAGAGGAAGUGGUUUCCCUGACCCCUCCCCGCAGCCGGAGGAAGACGAGGGGCGAAGGCACCGCCGAGAAGACUCCCUCUGCACUCGCCCUGGAUGACCCGCCCCUCAGCGGCUAUCGUCGACCAACCAGGAGCCGCAUGUGGAACCACCAGGAGGAGGACCUUCCCCUGUUGGAGACGCCGCUGGAGAUGGACUCCGUAACGCCGGUGGCCGACGCCCUCAUCCAGAGACUCCGUGACGAGGAGGCCAAGCGGGAAGUGGAUGAGUCUACGGUCGUCACAGAGAUGGUGAGAGCCAAGAGGAGAGUCACCAAGCCGUCGGGUCAGCGGGCGCCCUCUCCACCCCCGAUGGGAGAUAUAAAAGUGCCCAAGGCCGACCAGGGAAGCCCUGUCAGGGACUCGUUCAUCUACUCACCACCUCGGAGGAGAACCAGAGGUAGCUAGCUCCUUGCUUUUAGCACAUUGUUUGCUUGUCAGACUUUGUGGUUAGAAGAGGAAGGUUAUUCUGUAGUUCUGGCUUUCUUUCACGCCUUUUCAUCUUCUGUCUGACAGGUAGCAGAGUAGAGUCGCCCGGUCAGAAUGACGUGUCUGCGCCUCCCGUUACUCGUACCAGGCGGCCGGUGGACGCCACCGCAGCACAGCCUGAUAACAAGGUUUGUUGAUCACAUCCUUUAGACUGAGACUGAUGUUAGACAAGACAGGACUGGCAGGUUCCAUUUCCCGGUAUUCACAGGUAUGGACGGACUGUCUAGGUUUACACAACAUGGUGAAGAUGAUUGCUCAGCCUAGCCCUCAAAUACCAUAACUGGUGCCUUUGUUGUAUUUCACUCACCUAUCCCGUCCUCUCAGAUCUGUGAACACAGAGGAAGUAGCUAGGGGCUGAACUGGUACAUGGUCAUUUGGUACAUGUCUGGUUGCUGUUAAGCUAAAACCAUAUUCAAGCUUUGUCUCUGACUCUGUAUCUUUCUGUUGCUCAGGACAAGAACUCAUCAGAAGACGAUGUGGAGAAAGAGAUGGCUGCUGCUAAAACCAGAGCAACAAAGAGCCGAACAACCAAGUAAGUUCUGUGUUCCUCUACACUCCGUCUGCAAUGUGAAUGCUCUAACCCCACCAGGGCAAAGACAUUAACGCUUGUCCUCUUGUCCGGUACAAGUAAUACAAAAAAAUCACAUCACAAUAUCUAACAAUUACACAGAUCACAAUUGCGUCAGAGGGGCCAACAUUGGAAUAAUAUUCAAAUCUUUUUUUCCAUGUACAUAAAAAAGCCUACAUGUGAAAGUGUAGGUGAUAUGCAUGUUGGCUACAGCCUCAUGUCCAAACAGAUGCUGACAUGAGGGAGGCGCCAGAAAAUGUAGCCAAACUUUAAUUAUACUUUUAAUUGCAUAUAGGCUAAACGCCAGUAAUGUUUGACAAAUAUAAUGAAGGAUAAUUAACAUUAACGUCUAAAGGCUUGAUUCUGUUGACAUACUCGAGGCAAGGUUCGUUCAGAUCAAAUGGUCACUAGACCGGAGAGUGAAGGACAGUGCCUGUGGCGCACCGCACAUCACCCACCUUGAAUCUGAGCGGAGGUGGUCAGCAUUUUGAAACUAUUUAACCAUAAAGUUCAUUGUUUAAAAUAUGGAUGUUUUGUCAUUUUACGAAGCAUGACUUGUUUCAAAGUAGCCUAGCCAAAAUACGACAAUAGAAAUGUUGAGGGAAUUAUUUCAUAAACACUUAAUAUGCCAUUGAAACCAGCAUUGUUCUCAUGUUCUAUUGGUUUUCAAAUCAAUGUUGUUUUAUUGUCCAGCAGUCAAAGGCAUAAUCCUAGUCAUAAUAGUAACACAUGCUAGUUGAUGCAUCUUUAGAUCUCCCCUCUUUCUUAAUUUCUAACAGAUAUUUUCAUCUGUCACAUGAAACCACUGUGUGCGGUGCGCUUUUGAGAGCUGCGUUUUCAGAGAAUUGCAUUUUAGAACAUUCACACUUAACCUACAGCCAUGUGCUCAUUGUUGAGCUUAUAAUAUGAAGAAAUAAAACUAUCAACAUUUUAAGCUAAACGGUCUGAUCUGUUUCAUCAGCCUCAUUGCUUUUACAUUUUUCUAAUGUGCAGUGGUUGUAUGAAUUUUGGAUCUGUCGUCCCAGAACUUUCCCAGAGUCUGUUUCGAACCGUAUAAAUAUUUUUUUAUUAUACAAUGGGACGCCCUUAAUUUCAAGCCCUGGAGGGAAUUAUUUUAUGAAGAUGUAAAAUAUGUGGUUUUUUGGGGGGGUGAGGGGGGAACAAGUGACUUGAGCUUUUGGACAUAAAUCUGUCCUACUUGUCCAAAGGAAAAGUGGCUAAAAAAGUUUGUCAAGCCCUGCCCACUCCCACUCUCUGUCUGUUUCAAUGAGUCACAAUUAGAUGACCUUUUCUCUCUCAUUCUUCUAUCUCGCCCCCAGGCCCAAAGCAGCCCCCGCGCCCCCUCCCCCAGCCAAAGUGGAUCUGAUCUCUCCUAUGCCCAGCCCGGCCGAGCCCGCCCCGCGUGCCACGAGGAGGCUGUUGGAGGAGAACGACGCCCCCGCCCCCCGGAUGAACCUCCGACGCAAACGAGUGCUGGAGGCAAUCUUCCCCAAACCCGUCACCCGCAGGAAGAAGCUA